AUAAGUAUUGAUAUAGCAAUAUAUUAAUGAGUUUAUAAAAUGUUUCUUAAUUUAGAACGAUUUGGAGUUAUCCCAAGUAAAUAUUCAUAUUUCAUAUAUCAAAGAUUAAAAGCCGAUUUCCGGAGAUUAUAACAAGGAACUACAAGUGAAACAUUUAAAAAAAAAUCUGUUUAUAAAAAAAUAUAAGGUCCAGUAUCCAUAAUAUUGUCAUAAAAUGCGACUGCAAGUCUUCUUUUUUGCAUACACUUUUAGUAUGUCUAUGUUAUCUUGCCAAAAUUUAAUCGGAAGUAAUAUAUGUAGAUAUGGAACGAUCAUGAUUUGUUGUAAGGAUUUUAAACAAGUCGGAAACACAUGUAUAGAAUGUGAUCCAGGCUAUAGGGGAACUAACUGUUCUGCGACCUGUCCAGCCAAUUACUUUGGUCAGCGAUGUGGCCAGAAAUGUGAUUGUUUGCCAUUUCAGUACUGUAAUGCAAAGAGUGGUUGUCAAUGUAACGAGACAAGUGCAAGUUGUCCUGAUUCUAAUGAGACAAAGAAAACAACUGGAGAAGGAACGGUGGGAACCAAUUACCAAUACAAUAUUGCCCCACCUUCCAAUACUUGUGCCGUCCAUGAAGGAUUCCCGUCAGCCCUCUCUUUCCUUCCCUUGAUUUUUAUCGCAAUCACAGAUUGCUUAAGAAACAAAUAAGAGGUGUUCAUUCUCCGGUGGUUAUUUUACUGGAAAAACAGGAUGUGAAGAAAAAAUUAAAAAGUCAAUUUUUGUUUCAAUACAAAACAUAAAUAAAAAUAAUUCGAAAUGAAAUAUUGUGUUUUAUUUAUUUCUUCUAUGUAAUACAAUACACAAAUUGACAAAAAUACCAUAUUUAAACAUAAAGAGGAUUAAUAUGCCCAAUGUUACACAUGUUAAGCUGUAUCUUGGAGUACG